AUGCUAUUGUUUGGUGGAUUGCAUCGUGCAGUCUCACGCACAAUACUGGCAGCGUCUUCGUUUUGUCGCCAAGGUAUGAUAAACAACUGGUUUCUCUUCCUAUUGGGUCUCUCCGAGGCUGCAUGGAACUUGGGAUACACCGGUGUCUACCGUCGGCGUUGCAAACAUUGCAUACUUCGCCGUCGCCGCGAACCGCCUGUCUACUGUACCUGGACCUUGCCUUCUGUUGGUUUCUCGCCAUGGCUCGCUUCCCUUUACCUUUCGGAGCUCGGAAUUCCGGGUUCCAAGAAUUUUUUGUUUUGA